AGAGGACAAAACGAUGCGUGGCUUACCUUCUUCUCCUUACAUAAACGACGCAUGUUGUCACACAACACCAAACCAUCACCCAAAAAACUAAACCAAACCAACCACACUACACCAGACACUCCUCCUAACCUUCAAUUCUUCCUCUCACCGUUAUAUAAACUCCUUUUGGCUCCCACUUUUGCAUAACUCUUCUAACAUGGCUCCUGGCACUGGACUCUUUGCAGAGAUUUUGGAUGGAGAGGUUUACAAGUAUUAUGUUGAUGGAGAAUGGAAGAAAUCUUCUUCCGGGAAAACUGUUUCCAUCAUCAACCCCACUACCAGAAAGACUCAAUACAAAGUUCAAGCUUGUUCACAAGAGGAGGUUAAUAAGGUCAUUGACUUAGCAAAGUCUGCACAAAAAUCAUGGGCAAAGACCCCACUAUGGAAGCGAGCUGAACUUCUUCAUAAGGCAGCUGCUAUCCUUAAAGAGCACAAAGCUCCAAUUGCUGAGUGCCUGGUGAAAGAAAUAGCAAAGCCAGCCAAAGAUGCUGUCACAGAGGUUGUAAGAUCUGGGGAUCUGGUUUCUUACUGUGCUGAAGAAGGGGUAAGGAUUUUGGGAGAGGGAAAGUUCUUGGUAUCGGAUAGCUUUCCCGGAAAUGAAAGGACGAAAUAUUGCCUCACAUCCAAGAUUCCACUAGGAGUGAUUUUAGCCAUUCCACCUUUUAACUAUCCUGUCAAUCUUGCUGUCUCCAAAAUUGCUCCUGCGCUGAUUGCUGGAAACUCCAUUGUGCUCAAGCCUCCAACUCAGGGAGCCGUUUCUGCUCUGCACAUGGUUCACUGCUUUCACUUGGCUGGUUUUCCCAAAGGCCUAAUCAACUGUGUCACUGGCAAAGGCUCAGAAAUCGGUGACUUUCUUACAAUGCAUCCAGGAGUGAACUGUAUAAGCUUCACUGGUGGAGAUACUGGAAUUUCAAUUUCAAAGAAGGCAGGCAUGAUUCCAUUGCAGAUGGAGUUGGGAGGAAAAGAUGCCUGCAUUGUACUUGAGGAUGCUGACCUGGAUUUGGUUGCUGCAAACAUUAUAAAAGGAGGUUUUUCAUACAGUGGUCAGCGGUGCACUGCUGUUAAGGUUGUCUUGGUAAUGGAAUCCGCUGCUGAUGCCUUGGUUGAGAAAGUGAAGGCUAAGGUGGCAAAACUAAGUGUCGGGGCACCAGAGGAUAACUGUGACAUCACACCGGUUGUGUCAGAAUCAUCCGCCAAUUUCAUUGAAGGCCUUGUCCUGGAUGCUAAGGAGAAAGGAGCUACAUUCUGCCAGGAAUACAGAAGAGAAGGCAAUCUCAUUUGGCCUUUGCUACUGGACAAUGUUAGGCCAGACAUGAGAAUUGCAUGGGAAGAGCCAUUUGGACCAGUUUUGCCAGUAAUUAGGAUCAAUUCAGUUGAAGAAGGAAUCCAUCAUUGUAAUGCAAGCAACUUUGGACUUCAGGGAUGUGUCUUCACAAAAGAUGUCAACAAAGCAAUACUGGUCAGCGAUGCAAUGGAAACGGGAACAGUUCAGAUAAAUUCAGCCCCAGCUCGUGGGCCAGAUCAUUUUCCCUUUCAGGGUAUAAAGGACAGUGGCAUUGGAUCUCAAGGGAUUACCAACAGCAUAAACAUGAUGACCAAGGUCAAAACUACUGUGAUCAACUUACCCAGCCCUUCCUAUACUAUGGGCUAGUAGUGUUGUAGUUUUAUACAUAUGUAUGGGGCAAAAUCAAUUUAUAGUCAAUUCCAUAAAUCAUAGUGAAUGAACAAACCUUAUCAGUUUAGCAUUGUGUUCUCUUUUGGAGCUGGGAAUCAUAGAGAUGAAUAACGAGUUUGAUAGUCAGUCAGUCACAUAGCUACUCCAUGUGACUACUUGUCGUACUCAUGUUUAGAAUGAUGUGAAUUUAAAUUUUAUCUUGUACCUUGUCGUUCAGGAAUAUAAUUCACGUUCUUCUUGGUUGCCCAA